AGACGAGUCACGAUGCAGAGACCGGGGAUUGUGGGAGUCGCUCUCAACCACCAGGUCACAGCGUUCAACACGCUAAGGACUUUGCAGCAGAACCGCAGCUCAGAACACUGUGAUCUCAUACAGGAACCCAACCUGCAGCCCAAUAUUGGCCCCGGGGUCACUGACUUCAACGGUGAAUGGACCGGAGAAGGGACCAGCACGGGUACAACUGCCAGGAGGCUCAUACCGGACUCAAGCCCCGCCCCCGCCGCCACAUCCAUCCCCCGGAGGGCACGAGCUUCAGCCUCAGCGGGUAAUAAAGUCCCUACAUUGGCGCAGAUGGUAUCGCAGAACCGGCUUUCCAGAGUCACCAACUCCACCGCACAACUUUUACUGGUAGAAGAGAACAUGUUGCUGCACCUCCCGCCCGAGCGACCCCUUGUCAUUCAGCUGAAGGAUAGCAUUGAGUUCAGAAACAUCUGUACACACAUGACUCUUCAGGUGGAGGAUUGGAAGUUUGAUAAGGAUGUGAGUGAGGCCCAGCAAUGCUUAAGGACAAUCAUCAGCAAUCUGAUCACUGCCCUCUCAACCUUGAAUUCAGAGUUUUGUGAUACAGCCAAAGAGGAUCUGCACUCCAUACUGAAAAAUCUCCCCGAGGCCUGAACAACGAACAGACUGGUUCAUAGAACAAUGUGGAAUGGAAAGCUGGUGUGACCUGUGCAAUUAAUUGCCUACAAGGAACAAACAGACGGGUAUAUUCCAUUGCAUGAGCAGCAUAGGGACAAGAUGCCUUCUAUAAUGUCCAUAACAAGACUGCGGGCAGUGGCUGACUGACGGACAUCCAUUGCCCUAUUUGGCAAAAAUUUUUUAGUUUGUCCUAAAUGGCACAAUGAUAUGUCAUGAGAAUCAAUAUGCUCUGGGGCUGUCAGCUGCUACUGGGAUUUUAGGGCUACAGCAGCUGUUGUAGGAUGGACGGUACAGCCCUGAGCAUGGGUCUCAAAGGUCCUGAGUAUAACAAGGAAUGUUCAUUUUUAUUUGCUAACAGUAUUAGCUGUCAUAUUUAUUUAAAAUGUAUUAUUUUAAAUCCUGUUAUGUGAAAA